UGAUUGCGUAACUCCCAACAUGGCUGCGCUCUUGCAUCAGAUAGCUGCCCGUCGGCUGGGAAAUAAAUUUCAGUUUUGGAAUGAAUUUUAUCAAGCUCAUAGAAUGUUUGGGGAAAGCAGACCACUGAGCUGCUCUGCUUUACAGUUAAACUCUUAUAAUUGCCAGGAAUGGACACGCCAAAGCCCCAUUCUGAAGUCACGGACUAGCACAGCUAAAAGGCAGUGGAGACAGUCGAGAAGAAACUACAGCACAGGUUCUGAGGCAGAACCAUUCCCCAAAGAACCAAUCCAGCCAUACAAGCUUAUAGAAAGUGAUUUACAAUCUCUCCAUCCUAGUAUACGACAGGAGCUGUGUGGAAGUUGUCCAGAGCUGACAGAAGUGGCCCAGUAUUAUUUUGACGGGAAGGGCAAGUCUUUCAGGCCGAUGAUAGUACUACUCAUGUCUAAAGUGUGCAAUCUUCAUAAUUCUUCAAAUGAUAGGAUAACUGAUUCUCAGAGGCAGAUCGCGAUGAUAACGGAGAUGAUCCACACCGCCAGCCUGAUGCACGAUGAUGUGAUCGAUGCAGCAGACACUAGGAGAGGAAAAACAUCAAUCAAUGAACAAUUUGGACAGAGAAAAUCUAUACUUGCAGGUGACUUUGUGCUUUCUAUAUCAUCACAAGCCCUUGCUAGGAUAGGUGAUCCAGACAUUGUCAUUGUUCUUUCAACUGUUAUAGAAGAUUUAGUCAAAGGUGAAUUCAUGCAACUUGGAUCUAAAGAUAAUGAGAAUGAGAGAUUUUCCCACUACCUCACAAAAACAUACAAGAAGACUGCCAGCCUCAUGGCUCACAGCUGUAAAGCAGUAGCAAUGUUAGCAGGCAACAGCCACGAUGUGUGUGAGAUUGCUUAUCAGUAUGGGCGCAACAUCGGCAUGGCAUUCCAACUUGUUGAUGAUAUCUUAGAUUUUGUAUCCUGCGAUGAUACGAUGGGCAAACCUACCUCAGCGGACCUCAAGCUAGGUCUCGCAACAGCUCCUGUCCUAUUUGCAGCUGAAAAGUAUCCUGAGCUAAAUGAUAUGAUCAUGAGGAGAUUCAGCCAUGCUGGGGAUGUUGAGAUGGCCAGAAAAGCAGUAGCAAAUACGGAUAGUAUCCAACAGUCGCGUUUCUUGGCUGAGCAGCAUAGCAGAGAAGCGGUGAAACAGAUCGAGAAGCUUACAAAUUGUGCCGAGAGACAAGCACUCAUCUACUUAACUCAGGAAGUCUUAUCCAGGCAUAAAUAACGUCAUCCUUUAAUCUUCUUUAACUGAUGUGUUUUGAGAGGCUAACCGUGCAUAAGCACAAAAUGUGUUCAGAGCUUGGCAUUUUGCAGUGUAGGUUAUCAGAAAUUGAAGUUCUGACACUGAACGUCCCUGUAAGUUACAGUGCUUUCACAAGCAAUAGCGCCAUCUAGUGUUCAGUCAGUUUUGCAUCAUGCAUUAUUGCACAUAGACAAGAAUAUCUGCCAUAGCCGUGUAUUACAUUCCCUAUAAUAUCAGGGGAUUUGGAUAGUGAGAAAUUUUGCUGGGAAAGGUUUGAAAAGUUGACCUUUGACCUGAAAGUUUGGACAGUUGCGCUGAUUUUAAAAGAGAUCAGAAUUGCUGGCCUUGCUUUUAAUGUUGUGGUAAUUUCAAUCAAUUGCUUGCUGUUUGAUGUGCUGAACUGAUUGAAUGAGUCUGUGAGGAAAAAGAUGUCCUGCUUGUGCUAGCCAUGUUAAUUCUGAUUUAAUAAUUUUGACACAAGUAGCAGAGAAAUGACUGAAUACGGCUCCAUAACACUAAACUCACUGAAUGAUUGUACAUUAUGGUCAGUGUAAUCAUUCAUGUACUUUUCUUCUUCAAUCGAUAGCUAAACUUUGUGUUGGUCCUGGAGCCUGUAACACAAACAUUUGCAAUGAUCGUAGAACAUUUUUCUACGAUCGAUUCCAUUGACUACAAUGUACAAUCAAUCGUGAAAAUUGAGUGUAUGAUUAAUCGCUAAUGUUUGUGUUACAGGACGGGCCUUGGGGUCUUUUUUUUAUAAUCUCGAGAAAGUCCUGUUGGAUCUUUAGAUCUGAAGACUUAUUCAGUUAUUCAUAAGAAAAAAAGAGUGAGCAGAGACAAGAAUCAGUGUGUACGGGAAUGUAUCCAGUGAAUCACUGUAUGAUGUUGCUUCUAUGAAGCUUCUAGGGAUUCCAAAUGAUUCUCCUUUCUGCUGCGAAACUUGAUGAUGCAGUUAUGAAGCGCAGUUAUAAAGUAUAGUUGUAUCCACUCUUCAGAGUGCGAAAGGUGCUAAUCAUCAUCAUUAACCUGGCUGUAGCCUAGGGGGCUAACCUGGCUCGUGAGCAUGUCAAGGAAUAAAUAAUUCUGACAAGUAUCCAUGUACUAAACCUGGGUCGGGUGCAGCUCAUUUUGGAUAAAUUAACUAUGCCUUACUAUCUCCUUGGAACCAUUAAAAUGUCUGUUUGUAAGAAGACUACUAUUGUGUUCCAAGAAAUAAAAGAAAAAAAAAACACCGAACACAGAAUAAAUCAUCGAAAAUUGGGACCUUUGGGGUGUAUCACAGAGAGGUAAAUAUGACCUAGAGUCACACUUAAAAUGCCUAGUUGUGUGCAUUGUAAAAGGUAUAACCACAAUGGUCAGAUCAUGGAUCAUGCAAAGAUGACGUGUACUACGGUGUAUUAUUCAAUAAGAUUGCGUGUUCAUAUCAUGUAUGCGACGCUAGGUCAUACUUAAAUCUUUGUGAAACACCCCCCAAGAAAUAUUCCCUCGUUAAAUCAGGAACAUUGUUUCAAUCAGGCUUCUCUACUAUACUUGGCUUUCGUUGUAUCACAUGUCCUUUUCUAUAAAGAUGAAACUGAUUUUAAAAUAAAAGGUGAAUUCUAUUUAUAAAGCA